GUAUGCUGGCACCUGAUUGGACGCCAGGUUGACUCUAACACAUGUGAGCUGCUGGCAAGCCGUCCUCUUUUCAUAUACGGAUAGGUCAUCUGUGUAAUCGUACCUCACCGGCUCGCAAGUUCGUCUCUAUCUGAUUGUCAGGUAAGCCAUGCCAUCAGUACCAUCUAGUUCAGAGUCAGUUGGGACUGGUCCCAUCUGCCCACAUGCUGCCAAGGUCCUCACAAAUGCUGCAAAUGGAGAAUCUGGCAUCAACAUGGAUGCCAAGCUGAAAGUCGAUGCCGUCUUGAAUGGAAAUGCUGGACAAAAGUUAAAUGUGAACGGCACAGCCCAUGUGAAUGAAACAAACAGUCACCAUGUGAAGAGUAUUAAUGGAGAGCACAUGGAGAAUGGAUCGGAGGUCACCAUGGAGAGGAAAUGGAUUCGACCAGAUUUGCCCAGCAGAUGCACCUGGAAACUUGGUGACCCAAACACCGAGUCGCCCCACAACCACUUCCAACGGACCGAGACACCCAGUAUCCUCCCCAACAUCUUAAGCAAGAUUGGAGAGACCCCACUGGUCCGCAUGAACAAGAUUCCCAAUGCUUUUGGCCUCAAGUGUGAGCUUUUGGCUAAAUGCGAGUUCUUCAAUGCCGGUGGAAGUGUGAAGGACAGAAUCAGUCUGCGAAUGGUAGAGGAUGCUGAGCAAGACGGCAUCCUUAAACCUGGAGACACUAUCAUUGAACCCACAUCAGGAAACACAGGUAUUGGACUUGCCCUGGCAGCAGCAGUAAAAGGUUAUCGCUGCAUCAUUGUUAUGCCUGAAAAGAUGAGCAUGGAAAAGGUGGACGUGCUCCGUGCUCUGGGUGCAGAGAUUGUUCGUACCCCUACCUCAGCCCGUUUUGACUCUCCUGAGUCUCAUGUGGGUGUGGCUUGGCGUUUGAAGAAUGAGAUUCCUAAUGCUCACAUUCUGGACCAGUACCGUAAUCCCAGCAACCCCCUGGCCCACUAUGACACCACUGCAGAGGAGAUUCUUGUCCAGUGUGACGGAAAAAUAGACAUGCUGGUGGCUGGAGCUGGCACUGGUGGCACCAUCACUGGCAUCGCCCGCAAGCUGAAGGAGAAAUGCCCUGAUAUCAAGAUAGUUGGAGUGGAUCCUGAGGGCUCCAUCCUUGCUGAGCCGGAGGAGCUGAAUAAGACUGAUAAGACUCAGUAUGAGGUGGAGGGCAUUGGAUAUGACUUCAUCCCCACUGUUCUGGACAGAUCUGUGGUGGAUAGGUGGUACAAGUCCAAUGAUGAUGAGUCCUUUGCCAUGUCUCGUAUGCUAAUCAGACAGGAGGGUCUUCUGUGCGGUGGUAGUUCAGGCACAGCCAUGUCUGCAGCAGUGCAUGUGGCCAAAGAGCUGAAGGAAGGCCAGCGCUGUGUGGUGAUCCUUCCUGACUCCAUCCGCAACUACAUGUCUAAAUUUCUUAGUGACAAGUGGAUGUGUGAAAAGGGCUUCCUGAGUGAGGAGGAUCUUGUUGUCAAGAAGCAAUGGUGGUGGAAUCUGACUCUACAGGAGCUCCGACUCUCCGCCCCCCUGACUGUGCUGCCUUUAGUGUCCAUCAAGAAGACCAUUCAGAUCCUGAAAGAGAAGGCCUUUGACCAAGCACCUGUGGUGGAUGACGCCGGGCAGAUUCUGGGCAUGGUCACGUUGGGGAACAUGCUCUCGUCGGUUCUGGCUGGGAAGGUUAGGCCAUCUGAUCCCAUAAGCAAAGUUCUCUACAAACAGUUUAAACAGGUGCGCCUAACUGAUAACCUGGGCAAACUCUCACGUAUCCUGGAGACGGACCAUUUUGCCCUUGUUGUGCACGAACAGAUUCAGUACAUGAGUAAUGGAUCCCCCAAGAUGAGGCAGAUGGUGUUUGGGGUCGUGACAGCCAUUGACCUGCUGAACUACGUGGCCACACGUGAGAGGAGGGAACGCUCGCUGUCCGAGUGCUCUCUGUCUGAAGAGCAGUGAACGAUCAAGAGUGUGGGAACACAAUGGUGAAGCGUUGUGUUUCUCUCUCGCUCCUUU